AUGUCCAACAACCUAUCCUACGGGCAAGGUGGCCAUUACAGCUCCCAGGAUGUGACGCCGUCCAACACCAAUCAAAAUUUCGAUGGCAGUGCUCAAGAUGGUAAAAUACAAACAAUUCAGAAGGAUUUGGCGGCGGCGACGGAAAUCUCGCGCCACAAUCUUAACUCGAUGAAGGAUCGAGGGGAAAACCUCGAUGGCCUGCAAGACAAGACCAGCAACCUAGCGGAUUCUUCCCAACAAUUCCGUCGCGGCGCCAACAGAGUUCGCAAGCAAAUGUGGUGGAAGGACAUGAAGAUGCGCAUGUGUUUGAUUGUUGGCAUCAUUAUCCUUCUGCUUGUUAUUAUCAUCCCUUCUGGUACGUGA